AUGCAUGAGGAUGCAGAGGAGAUACCAGGAUGGGUAGAUGCAGUGAAGUUGUGUCAGGCAAGAAGAACAUCAACAGCUGCAAAGACAUUAUUCAGAAUAUUACAAGAUAUCCUUGAUUUUUAUAUUGAAGUAAGUAAAAAGAUGUUAGAGGAGACCCCUCGUGACCUCAUUGUUUACGCGUACGUUUUGUUUGUGCUUUUCGGACCGCAUUUCUCCUUUUCUUUCAUCCAUACUUUUGCCUCCGUUAUUUACCAGUCUUUACUCAAGCCACCGUUUUUCGUAUAUAUAAACCCGAACUUUAUUUCCUCUCACCUCAGUCGUCAUCACAUCGUGUCUGACUCUGAGUUCCGUACGUCUACAGGUAGCUACCCAAUACAGUCGUCAUCACAUCGUGUCUGA